GCGAAGCGCCGGAAGCGGCUGAGCGGGCCAUGGAGGACGGACCCGCGGGCGGAACCCUUCUGCGAGAGGCUUCGACUGAGGAGGCUGAGCCGCUGGGUGCUGCGUGGAGUGGGGACAGCGGCCACGUAUCGCAGAGCCACAGCAGCGCGUCCGGGCCGUGGGAAGAUGACGGCCCGGAGGACGCGCCGGGUCGCGAUCUGCCGCUGCUGCGCCGCGCCGCCGUGGGCUACGCCUCCAGCCUGCUGCCCGCCACGGGGCCGCGGCCCGAGGUGGAGGCUCUGGACGCCAGCCUGGAGGACCUGCUGGCCAGGGUGGACGAGUUCGUGGGCAUGCUGGACAUGAUUCGCGGAGACUCGUCCCACGUGGUGAGCGAGGGCGUGCCGCGGAUUCACGCCAAAGCCGCGGAGAUGAGGCGCAUCUACGGCCGGAUCGACAAGCUCGAGGCCUUCGUGAGGAUGAUCGGCAGCAGCGUGGCCAGGAUGGAGGAGCAGGUCACCAAGGCCGAGGCCGAGCUGGGGACCUUCCCUCGGGCCUUCCGGAGGUUGCUGCACACCAUCAGCGUUCCCGCUCUCUUCAAGUCGGCGCCCACCGGGCCCCAGCGCGCCGCCUACGAGCCGCCGGUCCUGUUUCGGACCGAGGACCACUUUCCCGGCUGCGAGGACAGACCGCAGCUCUGAGCCUGCACCUCUACCGCGGAACUCCAAUGAGACGCUUGUUCCGAGUGUUAAGAGAUCCUGCUAACUGGUGUAUAUGUUGUCAGGAUGUGAACUGUUGAAAGUUUAUUUUCAGCAAACGACUUGAUACCGUCACUAUUCAAUGUCGAGAGUAUAGAUCCCCGUGUCUUCCAGUUAUGACCCAAAAGUUGUUUGGUGGGGGGCUGGGAAAGCCAACUGAAUUAAUUUACCUGUGCAAUAUGGCAGAGCUGUUAUUUUUAUGGCCUUUAUUAGAGUUAACCAGUGUUACCUUGUUAAGAUUUAUAUAUUUAUAUGAUCAAAAGUGACCAAAAAAUUAAAGCUGUAUUCUUAAAUCCUAA